AUGCAGGCUGCAUUUGAAGAUGCACUUAAAGCUGAGCGUGAAGAAGCCAUACGCGAAGAAAUGGCAUAUGAGGAAUUAGCUUGCGAACAAGCCGUUCUUGAAGACGCACUUGAAGCUACGCGUGAGGAAGCCAUAUGUGAAGAAAUGAUGUGGAACGAAUUAGCUCGUGGAAAAGCCUCCCUUGAAGCCGCACUUGCAGCUACGCGUGAGGAAGCCAUACGCGGGGAAAUGGCGUGUGAGGAAUUAGCUCAUGAAAAAGCCACCAUUGAAGCCGCCCUUGAAGCUAUGUGUGAGGAAGCCAUACGCAAAGAAGUGGCACAUAAGGAAUUAUCUCGCAGACAAGCCGACCUUGAAGCUGCAACUGAACAGAUCGCGCUCGAAGUAGCCGCCUGUCAAGCAGCAAUACGUGAAUCAAAUGCUGCCAUCGAUGGAGAUUUUAUGGAGGCAACCGCUAGACAACCACUACCACCCGGACGUGUAGCUCGAGUUGCUCGCCGCGGAUUUCGAGGACAGCGCUAG